AUGCGGGCAGCGAUGGCCGCCGGGUACCCGACGGUUUUGGCCAUGGCGGAGAACCCGUUGGGUUCUCCUCGUUUGGGUGGUGAACAGCUCAUCAACAUAUUUAUGCAGGUGAGUUUCCUCCACCUCCGUUUCCCCAAACAAAAUGGCUUCCACCAAAGCGUCGUGGAUGAAGACGAACUGCUCCUGUGUCCAGAGGAAAAAAAGCUGGUCUGUGGUUCUGUGGGGGAGAACCAGCCGUCUGCAGCUCUGGAGAACCGAGACUGUUCUGUGAUUCCUGUCGACAGGUCUCUGAUGUCAGACUCAUCUGAGGAAUCUCUGGACCACAUCAAGGCCUCAUACGUCUCUGGGUACAGGAUGAGGAGAGAGUUCAUUAUUACCCAGAAUCCUUUGCCUGGCACCAUAGGGGAUUUCUGGAGGAUGAUAUGGGAGCAGAGGGUUCAGCUCAUCGUGUCACUGCCUGGUACGGAGGGGGGGGAGUCAGGCGUCCUUUGGCCCCACAGAGAACCGGUAAACUACGGGACGUUCACCGUAACAGAAAAGAGCAAAACCUGCUCCAGUCUUUCCACCGAGGACGUUCUGGUGGUGCACCACUACCUACUGGAGGCCACACAGGGGGAAUCGGUCCUGGAGGUGAGACUGUGCAGCGCCCCCUGCUGGCCGGACCCUGACGGCCCCCCCAGCCGAAGCCUGGAGCUGCUCAGCCUGGGGGGGGGGGGGGGCCCGGGGGGGGAACCCCCACGGCCGUCCACGACCAGGUGGGGGGUGUGAGGUCCUCCUCCUUCUGCCUGCUCUCCUCUCUGACUCAGCAGUUGGAGGCUGAAGGUUCGGUGGACGUUUUCCAGACGGCAAAACUGCUGAACCUCAUGAGACCCGGAUCCUUCAGACACAUAGAGCAGUACCAGUUCCUGUAUAAAGCCGUGCUGGUUUUGGUGACCAGGCGGGCGGAUAAUAAAGAGGUUCAGGUCCAGAUCUCUGCAGAGGAAGGAACCAGCCUCCAGUCUCUGGUAUAAACCCAAUAAAAGAAAAAAAAAACAAGCUAUACUCUGCCAAACUUCCUGUUUGGUCAAACAGGAACCUAUUUUUUAGAGCACUUCAUGUUAAACUUUGACGUUUUGGUUUUAAAGACCUUUUUUUUGGGGAAUGGAUUUGAUAGCUGUUUAGUUUUUGUCGUUGUAUUCUUUGUCUUAUGUUUCUAACUUUGGAAAAGCUGUUUAAUAGUCCAGUUUUUAUAUAUUUUCCUGGCUUAUGACGUUUUGUUUUGGUAUUUCUAAUUUUGUAUCCAUGGCACCAAACCAAAUUGGGAAAACUAGAGAAAAGAUGCCUCUUUCAUAAAUGAAACUUUAAUUUGUUUUAUAUAAAGCUUUUUUUUUGCUGUUCUUUGUCCAUUUACCAUUUCAAAAUUAGCACUAGCACUAUAAUUAACCUGAAUAUAUAAAGAAGAACUGGGACUAAUUAAAUAAUAAUAAUAAUCUCAUGUGAGCAUUUUCAUAGUAAAUACUUUGACGUACCAAAUUUAUAUUUAUACUUUUAGAUUUUGAUAUUAGCAUUUUCAUAGCGCAUACAAAUGGUUUUAUGCUAGUUUCUUUAGCUGGAGAACAUCAAUGCUUUUAUUUUGGAUUUGUCAGAUUUAUGCUGAGUCAUGUUUGAUUAUAGUUUGAUAGUAAACUGAUGGAUUUUUAGUUUCGGGGUUUAAUGAAUACAAAUGAAAAAGAAAAGAGAUGAAUAAAGGAAAAGGAAGAAAAGGCCUGUUAUUUUGUUUUUAUGUAAGACUCUGUAAUUCAACAUAUCCCAGAAAUUAAAUGAAAUUCUGAGGGAUAAUAAGCUGUUUUUUUAAUAUUCAAGUCAAAACAAAUUCAAUUUAGUCCAAUUCAUUCAAUGCCAACCCAGGAAAGUUGGAUAAAUAAAAAACCCAAAUUAGUAGUGAGUACAAAAUCUCUGCUUUAUUUGAAUCUACUUUAAUAUAAAGAAAUGUAACGGUUCAAUCUUGAAGUAAGAAAUCCAUAGCCAAGUUUUUUUUCUACAUAAAUCUGAGACAGGAAUUUUAUAAAUUUGGUAUCUUUUUAGUCAAAGGACAGAUUCUGGGCUCCAGGUAAAGCUAUCUGGAGUCAAA